UGUAAGGGUUAGAGCUAGGUCUGUUCAUUCCAGUCCACCAGCUUCUCACUCAAUGCAGAGCGUACUCUGCCAAGCUCCAUUUUAAAGUUAAGAGAACAUCAAAUUCGGAUGAUAUUGUUACAGUUUCCGUACUUAAAAUAAUGGACCGAGCGGCUAAAGAGGUGGAUGAGAAUGAACUUCUGAUCGGAAGCCCUGACGGACCUGAGGAACGCCUCAAGUUCCCAAACCGAUCCCUUGUGUUUGCGGUGUGUGCAGCCGGCAUAGGAGGGACCUUUCAGUACGGCCUCAACGUCUCCGUCAUCAACGGCCCCUCCCAGGCCGUGCAGACCUUCAUCAAUCACACCUGGCUGGAGCGCUACCAAGCGACCACCCCGGGUCACACCCUCACCCUGCUGUGGUCCACCAUCGUGUCCAUCUUCACCCUGGGGGGCCUACUGGGGGGGUGCAUAGGGGGGACCCUGUCAGUCAAGCUGGGCAGGAAAGGCUCUCUGUUGGCCAACAAUGGGUUUGCCAUCGUCGCUGCCCUGCUCAUGGGCCUCAGCUCCCCCACGGGGCUGUUUGAGCUGCUCAUUGUUGGGCGAUUCCUCAGUGGAUUAAACGCAGGGAUCGCUCUGUGCGUCCAGCCGCUCUAUCUGGGGGAGAUCGCCCCGACCGCGCUGCGCGGCUCCAUCUCCAUCGGCACCGUCGUCUUCAUCACCGGGGGGAUCCUGACGGGACAGCUCCUCGGACUCAAAGAGCUGCUGGGCGAUGAAGGCCUCUGGCCCCUCCUCCUCGCCACCACCUGCCUCCCGGCCCUGCUGCAGCUCCUCGCGUUGCCCUUCUGCCCCGAGAGCCCUCGCUACCUGCUGAUGGACCGCGGCGACGAGGAGGCGUGUGAGGAAGCCCUGAAGCGGUUCAACGGUUUGGACCACUUUGAGAAGGAGAGGGAAGAAAUGGAGAGUGAGCGGAUCCUGGCGUUGGGCGUCCAGACGCUGAAACCCUGGGAGCUCUUUGCAGACCGCAGCCUGCGCUGGCAGCUCCUCACCGUCUUCGUCAUCAACUCGGCUCAGCAGCUCAACGGCAUAAACGCUAUUUAUUUCUAUGCAGAUUCUGUGUUCAGGCAGUGUGGUAUCGCUGCCGAUAAGAUUCCAUAUGCGACUGUGGGCACCGGCGCCUGUGAAUGCAUCACUGCCCUGACCUGUGGGCUGCUCAUCGACCGCCUGGGCAGGAGGGUGUUGAUCGUGGGAGGGUACUUCCUGAUGUCCGUCUGCUGCGUUGGGUUCACCCUGUCCCUGACCUACCAGGACGCCAGCCCCGCCCUGCCCUAUGUGAGCAUGGCCUGCAUCUUCGCCUUCAUCCUGAGUUUCGGUUUGGGACCAGGUGGUGUAACCAACAUCCUGAACACGGAGCUCUUCACCCAGACCACGCGCCCAGCUGCGUACAUCAUCAGUGGGGUGGUGAGCUGGCUGAGCUUCUUCACCGUAGGGAUGGUCUUCCCCUUCAUCGUGACCGGGCUGCAGCAGUACUCCUUCCUGGUCUUCCUGGUGGUGUGCAUCGGGGCGGGGGCAUACAUCCUCUUUGUCGUCCCGGAGACCAAGGGUAAGACCUUCCUGGAGAUCCACCAGGAGUUCCAGAUGGGAGAGGAGAAGGAGAAGUCAGGAGGUGAAACCAUCGCCUCGACGCUCUAUGAACACACAGGAGGGGAAACCAUCGCCUCGACCACUCUAUGAACACACAGGAGGGGAAACCAUCGCCUCGACGCUCUAUGAACACACAGGAGCGGAAACCAUCGUGUCAACUUAUAUGGACCACCGUGUUGACCCCUCUAUGAACUCACAGGAGGAGUGAAACCAUCGUGUUGACCCGUCUAUGACCACAGGAGGUGAAAACCAUCGUGUCGACCGCUCUAUGAACCAUUGUGUCGACCCCUCUAUGAACACACAGCUCUGCCCUUGAACAAGUCAACUCAGGUCAUCACGACAGCUGAAGAUAACAAGAGGAUUCUUACUGAAUACUUUUCUACUGGUCAAAGACUGUUUUGGGAAGUCUCUGUAAUGGAAUGCACCAUCUUGCAAUGCUUUAAUUUUUAAUAAAGAUGAUAAUAUUUACA